UUUAAAAUAAACAAUGAGUUUAAUAAGUUUGGAAGAUGAACCUAUUCCAAUUUUAUCUUCAAAGUCUAACGCGCAGUAUGAUGUUCAAGAUAUAAUUGACAAAGAGCCUAUAAAAAUAACAGAUGAAGACUUUGAUUUUUUGUUGGGUGGUUUAAAUAAUAUUUCAAAGUUAGAAGUAGAAGAUUCAACAAAAUCUUUCUCAAAAAAGAUGGUGGAUAACACUAAGUUUGAUGAUGACCAAUUAAGCAUUUCUGAUGCUCUUAACAAAGCUAAUAAAAAAAUAAAAGAUCUUUGUGAACAGCGAAGUAAUGAUUGCAAGAAGAUAAGUACUUUAAUGAAUCAAGUAUCUAAUCAUAGGCAAUUAAUUUCAAAUCUUCAAAAUAACAUCUCCAUGUUAAAAAAUGUGAAUGGCAUUACGCAAAAUGAAAUUUCAUCAGGUAAAUUAAUAAAUAAAGUAGCUGAUCAUUUUCAAAGACAACUGAACACUGAAAGAGCAAAAAGAGAGCUUUUAGAAAUGAGAUUGGUUAAAGUUGAAAGUUUACUUCUUGGUUUAUCAUCAGGCUGUACUGAUGUAUUACAGCAAUCUGAGAUUUCAAAUGAUAAUUGUUCAAGUUUUAGUGGAAGUUGUGGAGCAAUUUCUGCUGAAAGCAGUUCAGUAUCAGAACCUUCUAAGCAUAAAAGAAGAAGACCAAGGCGUGCUCCAAAAAAUAAGGAAGGGAGAAAUGAUUUUUCUUCUAAAGGUAGUCUCGGAAGUUUGCAAAAUGACAUGUCUUAUUAUUCUAAUGAUAUCAAUGCUGGAAAUGAAAGUUCUCAAAUUUUAUCUCAAAAUCAUCUCAGUAAUCCGAACCAAAAAAGAGGCAAAAAAGAAAACAAGCCUGCUGUCAACUCAAACCAAAAGAACAUGCAUCCUCGGCAAAAUUUAAAGAAAAAGUCAAGUCAACAUUCAACAUCAGAUGAUGGUAAUUCAAGUUACAUGGAUGAACUUAUGCUACUACAAGACUUUCAAAUCAGUAGCAAUUCAUUUGGUCAUGCUAAAGAAGAUAAAAAUUUAAGUGAAAAAGAAGUUGCAAAAAGCUACUUUGAGAAAGCGCAACAGUACUUGUCUGAACAAGCAAACUUUAAUAACAGAAUAGCAGGUAACAUUGGAUUGAAACUAAACGAUCGUGUUCUUGGAAGUAUACCAAUUGAAUGGAGGAUAAAAAAGCGUGAUAUAACCAAAACUGAAAUCAUUCAACACAGUGGAACCUUUUACACAGACAAUCGAGGUUAUCGAGUUCAAUUGAAGUCUCAGGUAGAUCGUUUACAUGGAGAUAUUUAUUUUAGUGUUCGAAUUCUGCAGGGUUUGUUUGAUGAAAAUCUUGAUUGGCCGUUCCAAAAAAAAUUUUGCAUAUCGGUAUCAGAUAAGAUGAAAUCUAGUAACAGAGAGUCAUGGAUAAUUCCGCAAAAUGGCAUUUGGAUAAAAGCAUUAAACAAAGCAACUGUAAAAAAAGAUUCCAUUGUAAGUGAAUGGAAAGGACCUUUCAACAUAAGUCAAUAUUUAGAAGCGAGAACUAUUAUUUUAAAUGUAUCAAUGAGUGAAUGAUAUAAUAAAUAUAAAGGUGUUUUUGUGUUUA